UAAUAUAUUUUAAUAUAUAUUCAAUUACAUUUUUUUCAUCUUACAGGUUAUACUAAUGUUGUAUAAUAAAAAUAAUAUAAAAUAUAUAAAAAUUUAUAAAAUAAUAUUGAUAUGUGAAAGAACAUAAAAAUUAUAUCCCAGGAUAUAAUUAUGUUUAUUCAUUUAUUGAUGAUAAAUAUAAAUAAAAAGAUUGUACAGUAUAUGAUAUUAAAUACAAAAGUAAAUUUAACCACAAAAGUCAAAACACAUUAUGAUACUUUGGGAAUAUCUCCAACUGCUACAUAUAAGGAAAUAAAAUCAGCAUAUUAUAAAUUAACAUUAAAGUAUCAUCCUGACAAGAAUAAAAGUGAAUCUGCAAAAAAGAUGUUUCAUGAAAUUUCAAAUGCAUAUGAUGUUCUUAGCAAAUAUAAUACACGUAAGGAAUAUGAUAGAACUCUUUUAAUCAAAUAUGAUCAUAAACACAAGAAAAUGAAAACAUAUAGUGAAACAAAAAAUAGUUAUCAUUAUACAGGUAAUACUACAGGUAGAAUUUAUGAUUUUGAUGAAUGGAUGAAACAACAUUAUUCAGAUUUAUUUCAAAGAAGUUUAAAUGAAAAAAAUAUAGAAAAAAGAUAUGAAGAAAAUGUUAAAGAAACUGUAGAUAGAUCGCUAAACUUACCUUCUUCAAUAAUCCUGAUAAUAAUAGCAACGAUAUUAUUAUAUCUGAAAAUAUCAAUAGAAGAAUAUAAUUAUAAAAAAAAUAGGAAAAAAAAUGGACAAACACCAAUUGAAUAGAACUAUUUAUUAUUAAAAAAUUUUAUAUAGGAGAAUAUUAUAAUUAAAAAUAUAAAACAUAAUAUAUGUGUAUA